AAAAAUGAUGUCACAUAGAGACGCAAUCAUGCCUUUUCCUGAAUUUCGAUAAAAUAAACGCAGUGUCCUUGUAACCAAAACUAUAAAAAAGUGUUGAUUAUAAAGAAAAAAAAAAAAACUUGUAAAAGUCAAAGAUUCUCUCGUGGAGCAAAUGAUAUAUAACUUUGCGCAUAAGGAAAGUAGAUAUAUUUUAAAGAGAGUUUUCAACAGAAAUAUAUGUAAGUAAAUUAUCGGUGUCUCGCGCCAUCCUUUUAUUAAGUCUAAAAAGUUAACGAGUCUCGCAUAAUCAAUGCUCGCGCGUUACCUCGUUGAUCAGCGACUGAAGCUGUAGCAACGGGUGUUACGAGUUGACAUAGCAACGGGAGUUCCGGCUCAUUCCGGUUUCUUUCUAGCAGAAUGCGACAGAAAUCACAAUGUGGUGAAGAGAAAUUAAUUAAUAAACGAGUUUGAGUUGAACGGUAUUAAUGAAAUAAUCGUUCACAAUGGCAACGCGUGGCAAGAGCAAGAAAAAAGUUGCUGGCGCGAAAACCAAUGGAAAAAACAAUGGGAAAGGCGCUAAAGGUGGCAAUGGCGGCAAGAGUAAGGGGUCGAAAAAAUCAAGAAGAAGCGGAGGAAAAGCGCGAUUUGCUAUGGAUAUUUUCAACGAGGAAAUGAUGGAAAAUGCUUAUUACACCUGCCACAACAUCAUGGACGUGCUGAAGUGUCGGGGCUUUCCGUGGCCAGAUGCUCAGAAGAAAAAGAAAGGAAAAAGGAAGAAGUAGAUACAUAUUUCUUCAAAGAUCUAGAAAUAUCUACUUUUAUGCAGGAGAAGAAUUUGAUAUAAUCAUCAAUUUAUAUAGAAAAAUAACUGUCUUAACUGAAACAUUGCUUAGUAUACGUACACACAUUACAAGACAAACUCUGUAAUAGUAAGUAUUACUACUCAGUA